AUGAACCAGGCUGCUGGUAAGGUGGAACACAUGAGGACAGACAGGAGACUGCAGACGCUGCUGCGCUGCCAGAAGAGUCUGAUGAACAAAGAACUCUGGCUAUACAUUGGAGUGAACACCUUUGACUACCUGGGUGGUAUCCUCAGCUACAUCAUUAUCUCCAUCCCCAUCUUUUCUGGUGUUUAUAACAACCUCAGUCCAGGGGAGCUCAGUGCCCUCAUCAGUAAGAAUGCCUUUGUAUGUAUCUACCUGAUAAGCUGCUUUAGUCAGCUAAUAGACCUGUCCACCACUCUGUCAGACGUGGCUGGAUACACCCACAGGAUAGGAGAGCUGAGGGAAGUAAUGGAUGAUAUCUUGAGGACACAUUGUGACUACGACCCUGCAUCAGGAGAUUCCUACGACUUUGACAGUGACAAGGUCCACAGUGGUCCAGCAGACACAGCCUUCAUCCUGGACUGUGUGUCUUACAAGAGUCCCUUCUCUGAGGAGCUGCUGGUUGAAGAGCUGAGUAUCAAGAUCAGCCAGGGCUCCAAUCUGCUGGUGGUGGGAAACACAGGCACUGGGAAGACCUCCCUACUGAGGGUCCUGAACCGCCUGUGGGAGGCCGACAGCGGCUAUGUCCAGAUGACGACGUGUUUCGGUCCCAGGGGAAUCCUCUUUCUGCCUCAGAAACCCUACCUGACAGACGGAACGCUCAGAGAACAGGUGAUCUACCCUCUGAAGGAGAUCUACCCCGUAUCAGGGUCAGUGGACGAUGAGAGAAUUAUACAGUACCUGGAACUAGCUGGAGUGUCUAGUCUCCUGAAGAGGACGGGAGGACUGGAUGAGCCUGUAGACUGGAACUGGUAUGAUGUUCUGUCUCCGGGGGAGAUGCAGAGGCUUUGCUUCGCCCGCCUCUUCUACCUGCAGCCUAAAUACGCAGUGUUGGACGAGGCGACCAGUGCCCUGACAGAGGAGGCAGAGGGGCAGAUGUACCGAGGUUGUAAGCAGCUGGGAAUGACCCUGGUCAGCCUGGGACACCGCAGAAGCCUAGAGAAGUACCAUGACGUCUCGUUGAAACUGUGUGGAGAGGGACGCUGGGAGCUGACCAAACUUAAAGAGAAGUGAUGCUUGAAACAAUGACUGGCCACAACCCAACCAAAACACAACCAAAAUGUAACUGACAAUCACUUAACCAAAACCAGUGUUAAUUUUGGCACUCUUUUACAUUUAGUCUAGUCCUAGUCAUUUUGACUAAAAUAUAAUUAAGUCUUGGUCACCAUUUUUGUCAUUUGAAUAAAUACAUUAGUCUCGUCAAAAUGACAAACAUUGAUCCAUUUUAGUCAACUAAAUGCCUUUUUCAUUUUAGUCAUAUUUUAGUCACGUCACAUUUGUAUUGCCUCAACCUAUAGUAAAUAUACAAUGCCUUCAGAAAGUAUUCACACACCUUGACUUUUUCCACAUUUUGUUGUGUUACAGCCUGAAUUUAACAUGGAUUAAAUGUAGAUUUUCUU